GUAAUCACAGUGCGUCUUUAUGUCUCUUAGAAAUGUGUACAUUUGAUGUUAACAGCUUGUAGUGGAUGUUUUUAAACGUAGUUGGGUUAUAGUUUAAGAAAUAUUUGGUUUCUGUCUGAGUAUUUGUAGGAGAACUAGAAAUGCUGGGUGUAAAUCGGCUGUGCAGUUGUAUCGUGCGUAAAUAUGGAAACCUAACAGUUAGCUUAGAAGGGGUGAGGAGCAUCAGCACGUCUCCGAACUUGGGAACUGUAAUUGUGGAACGAUGGUGGAAAGUACCACUGGCACCUAUUGGAAAAACCCCCCGCCUUCAUCCACGAAGACAUCGGGUCUUGAAGUUCAUUGAAGAUGCAAAGCAUAAACCACAAGGGGAAAUGGAGCUUAUUUUAGCACAGACUGUAUCAAGAUUGGGCAUUCGAGGUGAUACCGUCUUUGUAAGAAAAUCUUUGGGUCGCAACAAACUUCUUCCACAGGGUUUGGCAGUGUAUCCUUCUCCAGAAAAUAAGAAAAUGUUUGAGGAAGAGAGAAAGACUGUGGAGUAUUUGCAACGCUCUCAUCUCAUAAUAGGAAUAAAGGAAAUGCUUCAGUGGGAGCUGACUAAAGAAGUUGUCUGCCGGCGUUUUCUAAGACAGUGUGGUAUUGUAGUACCAUCCCAUGCUCUGAAGAUGCCAGAGGGACCCAUAAUCACAGAAUAUGGAGAUUACUGGUGUGAAGUAACUGUAAACGGUAUAGACACGGUCAGAGUCCCUGUGUCUGUAAUAAAGAUUGAAUGUGGAAAAGAGAUGCGCUACAAACACUGGUUGGCUGCGCAAAAGGACAGACUUUCUCAUCAGAAAGAGACAGAACCUGCAGAGUCUUAACUGUAUACAUCUUUUCAGAGUAAUUUUUUUUGGACUGAAAAGUCAGAUGGCAGUUCACUUCAGCAUAUAAUGGAGUUGGUUUCAAGUCAUCUGUACAGCAUUGAAACAGAUCUGCCAAUUGAAGACUGAUUUGUUUUUCAUUCCUCAAAAACUUCUAAAUGCAAGAAAGGGAAGGAGAAGAUGUAUUAAAGAUGCAUUUACGAAUGCAACUCAGAGAAAUUGCAGUGAUUACUGAGGCUGGAGGUAGUAACUGUAUCCUGUAGAACUAUUUGUUGUAACAUCAUUGUAAAAUAUAGUGGAAUUUUUUACUUGCAGUUGUAGAAUCACAGUAGUAACAGUGUCAGCAGCUAUCUGUCUAGAUGGGAGCUAGUUGAUUGUAUAACUGCUGCAUGUGUGAGCGCUGUUACUGUGAAUGGAUAUCUGGGUAUGCGGGGGCUUGUCUCUCAGCAAAAAAAAAGUGUUUAUUGCUGAAAAUGUUUUUCAGCUGUAUGGAUUCAGAGUAGUGGCAUUCAUUGAAGUUAUUGUUAGCAGGUCGCACUAAAUCUGUUUAGACCUGUAUUGCCAUUCAUGCUAUCUUGUUGGUUUUAAUUUUCUAAUUUGCUGGAAAGAACUCCUGCAGGAUAUAGUUGUCAGACUUUUCAGGUGUCUGUAUUCUAAGCAGCCAAAAUUACAUUAAGAACUGCCUUAGUUGAAUGCGUUAUAAAACAGGAAUGACAUUGAAAAUUUAUCUCCUCAUCUGUUCAAGAUGAGUUAGGGCUGCAUAAUGUAUGCCAGUUGGUCAGCACAAAGCUUCUUCUUUUUUUUUUGUGGGGGGUGGGGGUUAUGAUUUGAAGUUAAGAUCAUUCCUGUAAUCGGGUCGUUAUAGUUCAGUCAUUGCUUUUAAUCUUUUGCUUAUCGCAUUUCUUAAUAAAUGGCCUAAUACUAAUACUUCAUAGUUGUGUUCAAUUUCUGGGAUGUUGCUCGGCAGGCAGUCUAAUAUAACUUUGGUAAGAUAUUUAAAUUGUCUUUACUUUCCCUUGCUGUGUUACUGACUUGUGCCGACUCACAGCGUGAAAUACACCAAUAGAAGUACCUGUGCUUAUUGACCAUGCCAGGGCUGAGUGAACUGGUUAGAGUUAAUGUGCUCCUUUGCAUAAAUCGCUAUUUUUCUUGUUAAAUUAACAAUAUAGACAUUGCUACAGGUCUGUUGCUUGAAUAAAGUUUUAUAAAUUAAAACUGGAAUGA